GGGCCCGAGCGCCGGGACGCGGACGGCCGGCCCGACGCGGAGGGCCCGGGCGCCCAGCUCCCGCGGCGGCCCUCGAGGGACUCCGCCGAGUCCGAGGGCGAGGAGGACGAGGAGCCCGCGAGCCCGCUGAGCCCGCUGAGCCCGCGGCGCCAGCGGCAGCCCCGGCCGCGCACCCAGAAGCCCGCCGCGCGCCCGUGCGCCCGUCGCGCGGCGGGGCGGCUCGUCGCGGGCGGGGGCUGCCGCGCGGCCGUCGGCCACCUCGGGCACGGGGUGCUCUCGUGGGCGGUCCUUGCCAUGACGCUGGGCGUCCUCCUGGUCGUGGCCGCGACGGGCGGCCGCGGGAUCCAGACCCAGUGCGUGCUCUCGGAGCGACGGGUGCCCAGGGCGAGUCAUCUGAGUCCAGAGGAUGUCGCCAUGUACACACGCUGGGAGGUCUCGCUCCACCUCGUCGGCGUCCUGGUGACUGCGCCGGUGGCCUUCUUGCUGCGCCGGAUCUUGACAACCUCGCACCUGCGCCGCGUCUCGGAGUACGCGCUGCUCCAGUGGCUCCAGCAGUGGACAGGGCUCGUCGCCUAUUGGAUGCAGUGCGCGGGUGGUUACGAAGGCCUGGACCUGCUGCGCUUGGCCAACAGGUGGAUCUAUAAUCUCAGCAUCAUUGCCUCCUUCGGCUAUUUCUGGUGGAUUCUCCGGCUCCAGUUGCUGAUGCUCGAACACAGUUCGUUCAUCCCCAUGCGUGCUCACUGGUUGUGGCGAAUGAUCAUGGCCACCAUGCUUGUUGGACUUUAUGUGGCAGCAACGUUUACGAUGACGGAUAGCUCUCUGGGGGCCAAAGGGAGUCCCAUCCGAGUGACAACAGGGCUGGCGAUGUGGCUGGUCCAGCUCCUCAUGGCGUCAGCGCUGCUUGUCUUCUUGCACGGCUUGUGGCGGAUUGCCAGUCUGACCCAGGAGGCGCGAAACCACACCGUGGCCGUCGGCAUGCAGGACGAGGAGGGCCAGAAUGCCCCCAGGUCCCUGCGCUUCCAGAUGUUCGGCUCGGCCGUGUGCGUCCUGAGCACCAGCCUGAGCCUGCUCGGGAAGUACUGGGCCACGGACCUCCUCUGGCCGAUCCCCGCGCCGAGCGACCGCAUAAGGACGCCGCAGUUCCUGAUCGCCUCCUUCCUUAGCCUGGCGCUGUUCGACGUGAUUGCCAACACCACCCCGAGCCUGGCGCUGAGCGGGGUCUUCUUCGGCGCUCUGAGCGGAGGCCGCCAGUGCGUCCACGCCGAGCAGGUGCGCCGCGCGACCUGGCGGCGCUCUUCCGAGCGGUGGGUCCCGCACCCGGAGCCGCGCUGGCAGGCGAAGGUCGGACGCGGCGACAUGGGGGGGGGCUCAGCCUGCAGGCGCUGGUGGACUUCUACCGCAGACUCGGGGGCGACGCCAUGCGCCACUUCGACCCGCGGAGACACACCACGGAGGACGUUGUCCGUGGGGCGAUCAUCCCGCUGA